GCUGAGCAGUGCCGACUGCAGCUGGAGAUGGUUCAGCCGUUGCCUGUGGGGAGGAUGCUGGCUCUGAGGCCCAGGAAGCCACAGGCUGUCGGAGGGGAGACAUCACCAGAACAGGAGCCAGAGCUGGAGGAACCUGAGGAGAUGUGCAUCACGCUGCCCCUGGGUGAUGGCAGGGAGUUGGUGGAGUGUCCCCUCUGCCUGCUGCCCCAGCCUCCCGAGGCCUUUCCCACCCUGGCCUCCUGCGACCACCGCUCGUGCCGGGCCUGCCUGGAGCAGUACCUGCGCAUCGCUGUCAGUGAGAGCCGCGUGCAGGUGGCCUGCCCGCACUGCCCUGCUGCGCUCCAGCCCACCGAUGUCCACCGCCUCCUGGCCGAACCUGCCCUACGUGACAAGUACGAGGAGUUCCUCCUGCGACGGCUGCUGGUGGCUGACCCUGGCACCCGCUGGUGGCCUUCGCCCGACUGCAGGGGACUGGCUUAUGGCUGUGCUGAGUGUCCCCGCCUCACCUGCGGGCGCGAGGGCUGUGGCACCGAGUUCUGCUACCACUGCUGGCAGCCCUGGCACCCCGACAGCCCAUGUGUGCCAGCGCCGCCAGCCCCCAACUUGGCCAGGCCUGCAGCAGAGCUAGUCCACCUGGAGGACUCGGCCCAUGUUGAGGCUGAGGACAUCAAAGUCUGUCCCCGCUGCAGUGCCUUCAUCAUGAAGAUCAAUGAUGGGAGCUGCAACCGCAUGAACUGCACAGUCUGUGGCUGCCUCUUCUGCUGGCUGUGCCUGCAGGAGAUCUCCGACGUGCACUUCCUGAGCCCCUCUGGCUGCACCUUCUGGGGGAAGAGGCCUUGGUCACGGACCCGGAAGAUCCUGUGGCAGCUGGGCAUGGUGCUGGGGGCGCCUAUGGUGAUCUCUCUCAUCGCGGGCAUCGCUGUGCCUGUCAUUACCGUUGGGAUCCCCAUCUACAUGGGUAGGAAGGUGCUGGGCCAGAGCCGGAGGAGCAGCCUGUCGGGGUGCCAGCAGUGCCUCUCUGUCACCAGCAGUGUCCUCCUCUCCCUCUUUGUGUCCCCCAUCAUAACAGCUGUCACUGUGGGAGUCGGUGUGCCCCUGAUGCUCACCUACAUCUACGGAGUGGUGGUGUUGUCGCUGUGUCGGAGCCGCCGGGGGUGCGGGGGCAGGCUGAAUGAGCUGCGGUCGGUACUGCCCAGCCCCAGGCCAGGUGAGGACCGAGUCCCGGACACAACCACCCCCUUCCCCAGCAGCAGCCAUAGCAUGCGCCACGGGGCAGUGUGGAACGAGCAGGACAGCCAGUCAGCCAGCACGGUGGCCCUGGCGGGGAGCAUGCUGAGCGAGGGCCAGGACAUGUCCUACAGGGAAGGUAUCAACAUCGAGGUGGAGGUGUCAAUCGAAGCAGUGCCGCAUCCUGCCCAGCAGCAGAGCCUGUGCAGCGUGCUGUCAGGGCAGAGCCUCUCUGGGGACUCCCUGGGAGGCACCAGUGACAGGUGUAGCGCUGUAAGCACCCCUGCAGAGUGA